AGUGGCCACCAGAACAGAAGCCUGUUAUUUUUCCAUUCAAACUUUUUUUUGUUCUCUCUCUUCCUCCCCACUAGCGAUCCGAGUUAGAUUUUAAGGAGCGAGUCGCGGACUCGGCUGCACAAGCGGCGUUUCCUCCUCUGGCCACGCAUCAUUCGCUCUGUUGCGCUGCGCUUAAAUCCGAAACGAAUCUGCUGAAACAAUCACGUGAUAUUCGAUAAUUAGUUUUUUUCCGAUCAAUCACGAGAUAUUCGAUCUCAUUCGUAACUGUUUCACUCCAACUUCAAGCACUCACACACGCUCUUUUCUUUUUCUUUUUAUCUGCGCUUUGUGAGCGCGAUCUUGGAGAACUAAGCGUGCGUUUGUUUCUUUUUCUCGUUUGAUCUCUCUCGUUGUUCCGAGAGAGUUGUGUGUUGUGAAAGCAUGGUUAGCGGCAACAUUUUUCAUUGUAGAAAGAAUUCGUGGCCUACGGAGGAGUAUAUCAGUAAAUCUACUCUGCAGCUGUUUGAUUAUGAUAGUUCUGCUCCCCCUGAGCAAGCUUGGAGAAGGAGAUUGAACAGCCAUGCCAAUCUUCUUAAAGAAUUUAGAGUAACUUUUAUGGAAGCCAUAAAAAUGGUUCGAUUAGGGAUACGUAUUUGGUCAUAUGUUAGGGAAGAGGCUUCUCAUGGGAGGAAAGCACCUAUUGAUCCUUUCACCCGCGAGAGUUGCAAGCCAUCUGCAUCUCAAGGAGUUCCACUUGGUGGGAUGGGGAGUGGCAGCAUAUCAAGAGGGUUUAGAGGCGAGUUCCGACAAUGGCAAAUUAUUCCUAGCUUAUGUGAAGCGUCACCAGUUAUGGCCAAUCAGUUCUCUAUUUUUAUAAGUAGAGAGGGAGGAAACAAAAAUUUUUCAUCAGUUUUGGCUCCUGGCCAGCAUGAAGGUUUAGGAUCUAGUAAGAAACCUGAUGAUCAGGGCAUAUCAUCAUGGGGAUGGAAUCUAAAUGGGCAGCACUCAACCUACCAUGCUUUGUUUCCAAGAGCUUGGACAGUUUAUGAUGGUGAGCCAGACCCAGAACUAAAAAUAUCUUGUCGGCAGAUAUCCCCAUUCAUACCACAUAAUUAUAGAGAAAGCAGUCUACCUGCUGCUGUUUUUGUUUAUACGUUGGUGAACACAGGAAAGGAAAGAGCUAAAGUCAGCCUUUUAUUUACUUGGGCGAAUUCCAUUGGUGGAAGCUCACACCUGUCUGGAGAUCAUGUGAAUGAACCAUUCCAAGCUGAAGAUGGAGUCUCCGGUGUACUUCUAUAUCACAAGACAGCAAAAGGAAAUCCUCCUGUUACUUUUUCCAUAGCUGCAUGUGAAACGCAGAAUGUUAGUGUUUCUGUUUUGCCGAGUUUUGGGCUGUCUGAAGGAAGUAGCAUAACCGCAAAAGGCAUGUGGAGUAAAAUGGUGAAGGAUGGUCAAUUUGACCAGGAGAAUUUCAAUUCUGGUCCUAGCAUGCCCUCAUCACUUGGAGAGACACUAUGUGCUGCUGUUGCAGCUACAGCUUGGGUUGAACCCCAUGGAAAGUGCACCGUUGCAUUCAGUCUUGCAUGGUCAUCUCCAAAAGUAAAGUUCGUGAAAGGUUGCACUUUCAACAGGAGAUAUACAAAAUUUUAUGGGACUUCUGAGAAAGCGGCAGUGGACUUGGCCCAUGAUGCUUUGACAAAUUACAGCCGGUGGGAAGAAGAGAUUGAGAAAUGGCAGAAUCCUAUUCUCAAGGACGAGACACUACCAGAAUGGUACAAAUUUACAUUAUUUAAUGAACUCUACUUUCUUGUUGCCGGAGGAACAAUUUGGAUUGACUCUCCUUUGCUAUCUUCAAGUAUGCGGAAUGGCCAAGAUCGAGCAAGGGAGUUGGAAAAUGCAGUUGUCAAAGGAACUGAAGAUAAAAUAAAUGGCAGAAAAAGGACGGUUGUGGACCGCACAACAGAUAGUACCUAUGAAUCUACCGCUACUACAGGAAAUAAUUGUGUGGAUGAAAAUCUAUAUGGACAUGAUAAUGAUGAUGAUGUUGGAAGGUUCUUGUACUUGGAAGGGGUGGAGUAUAUCAUGUGGUGCACGUAUGACGUGCACUUCUACGCAUCAUUUGCUCUUCUUGAGCUCUUUCCUAGGAUUGAAUUAAAUAUACAGCGUGACUUUGCUAGAGCUGUCUUGUGUGAAGAUGGAAGAAGAGUAAAGUUUCUGGCAGAGGGAAACUGGGGAAUUCGCAAGGUUUAUGGGGCAGUGCCACAUGAUCUGGGGACACACGAUCCGUGGAAUGAAAUGAAUGCCUAUAACAUCCAUGAUACUAGCAAGUGGAAGGACCUGAACCCAAAAUUUGUUCUUCAGGUGUAUCGAGAUUUUUCUGCAACAGGUGAUUUGCAGUUUGGAAUUGAUGUGUGGCCUGCUGUCCGGGCUGCAAUGGAGUACAUGGACCAAUUUGACAGAGAUGGCGAUGGUCUUAUUGAGAAUGAUGGCUUCCCUGAUCAAACGUAUGAUACAUGGACAGUCCAUGGUGUGAGCACAUACUGCGGAUGUCUUUGGCUUGCUGCUCUACAAGCUGCCGCAGCAAUGGCCCUUGAACUGGGAGACAGAGAUUUUGCAGAAAUCUGCAAAAGGAAGUUUUUGAAGGCUAAGCCAGCAUUUGAAGAAAAACUGUGGAAUGGUUCAUAUUUUAACUACGACAGUGGAUCAAGUAGUAACAGUAAAUCCAUUCAAGCAGAUCAAUUGGCUGGGCAAUGGUAUACUGCAUCCUCAGGGCUUCCCUCCCUUUUUGAGGAUUCCAAAAUAAAAAGUGCUCUCCGGAAGGUUUAUGAUUUCAAUGUAAUGAAAGUUAAAGGAGGUAGGAUGGGUGCUGUAAAUGGCAUGCAUCCCAACGGUAAGGUUGAUGAUACCUGUAUGCAGUCUCGUGAAGUAUGGACAGGUGUGACCUAUGGUGUUGCUGCCACAAUGAUACUUGCUGGAAUGGAAGAAGAGGCUUUCACAACAGCCGAGGGAAUAUUUCUAGCGGGCUGGUCAGAAGAUGGAUAUGGGUACUGGUUUCAGACUCCGGAGGCAUGGACAAUGGAUGGGCACUACCGGUCCCUCAUGUACAUGAGACCCCUGGCUAUUUGGGGCAUGCAAUAUGCCAUGAAUCGGCCCAAGGCAAUUCUUGAGCCCCCUAAAAUCAAUAUCAUGGACAGAAUCCACUUGUCUCCUGUUAUUGGCGGAUUCUCUCAUAAUGAAACAGGUGUGAGAAAGAUUGCAACAAAAGCAAGAUGUUUUAGCAAUUCUGUGUUUAAUUGUGCUUGCUGAUCUACAACAUGUAAGAACAUAAUUUUUGUAUAGGUAACUGUCACACAAUUCCUACCCAACCCUCUCCUAGAGAAGCUGUAAUAAUGGCGGUCAAGGCCUGAGGGUAAUAUUUUAGAAAUAAGCAGAGUUCGUUGUAACUUAGCCCAUUAGUUUAGGCAACGCAAGUCACACUUCAUUGUAACUGUUGUACUGUACAUUAUCAUUUAUUUGAUCCCUCAAGAUAUAAUUUACCACAGUCCAAUUUCUAAAAUGUUUUUCUUAAA